AUGAGCGGUGCAGCGUUGGGCCUUGAGAUAGUAUUUGUCUUUUUUCUGGCCUUAUUCCUACUUCAUCGGUAUGGAGACUUCAAGAAACAGCAUAGGCUGGUGAUCAUAGCAACAUUAUUAGCUUGGUAUCUCUGCUUUCUUAUUGUAUUUAUACUGCCUCUGGAUGUCAGUACGACUAUUUAUAAUCGGUGCAAACUUGCUGUUAACUCCAGCCCUGCAGAGAGUAAUGGCUCUUACGUUACUCUUGCUCCAAGCAAGCAAAAAUGUUUCAAACCGUGGAGUUAUAUUCCUAAUGGAAUUAUGCCAAUUUUCUGGCGUGUUGUGUAUUGGACGUCACAGUUUUUAACAUGGAUUCUGCUACCUUUUAUGCAGUCAUAUGCCAGAUCAGGAGGGUUCUCCAUUACUGGAAAGAUUAAAACUGCAUUGAUUGAGAAUGCAAUCUAUUAUGGCACUUACUUGCUGAUUUUUGGAGCAUUUUUAAUAUAUGUGGCUGUAAACCCAAACUUCAAUUUGCAAUGGAACCAACUUCAGACAAUUGGGAUAGCUGCUGCAAACACAUGGGGUCUCUUUCUUCUUGUGUUGCUUCUGGGUUAUGGUUUGGUGGAAAUUCCCCGUUCUCACUGGAAUGGGGCCAAGAGAGGUUAUCUACUCAUGAAGACCUAUUUCAAAGCUGCCAAACUAAUGACUGAAAAAGCAGAUGCAGAGGAGAAUUUAGAGGAUAUUAUGGAGGAAGUCCGUAAAGUAAGUGAGAGUAUCAAGUAUAACCACCCUUUGAGAAAAUGUGUUGAUACAAUACUGAAAAAGUGUCCUACUGAGUACCAGGAAAGAAUGGGUAGGAACAUGGACGAUUAUGAAGAUUUUGAUGAAAGACAGAACAGUUAUCCAAGUGAAAAAAGUUUGGUCAAGCUUCAUAAGCAGGUAAUCUAUUCAGUACAGAGACAUCGUCGUACACAGGUCCAGUGGCAAAUUCUUUUAGAACAAGCAUUUUACCUAGAAGAUGUGGCAAAAAAUGAAACCAGUGCAACUCGACAGUUUGUUCAUACUUUUCAUUCCCAGGAACCAGAGAAUAAAAUUAUUCAGUAUUUCUACACACCAACUGUUGAGUGGUACUGGGAAUGUCUUCUACGACCAUGGUUUUACAGGGUGCUUGCGGUUGUUCUGGCCAUGUUCUCUGUAAUUGUUGUGUGGUCAGAGUGCACAUUUUUCAGCACAAAACCGGUUUUAUCGCUAUUUGCAGUUUUCAUACAGCUGGCAGAAAAGACAUAUAAUUAUAUAUACAUAGAGAUGGCCUGUUUUCUUACCAUCUUUUUCCUAAGUAUCUGUGUAUACUCUACUGUCUUCAGGAUCCGUGUAUUUAACUAUUAUUAUUUAGCUUCACAUCAUCAGACAGAUGCGUACAGUCUUCUUUUCAGUGGCAUGUUAUUUUGCCGUCUUACCCCACCAUUAUGCUUGAACUUUUUGGGCUUGACCCAUAUGGAUGCAACAAUCUCUCACAAAAAUGCUCAGCCAACUGCUUAUACUUCUAUAAUGGGAUCCAUGAGAGUGCUGUCCUUCAUUGCAGAUGGAUUCUAUAUAUAUUACCCAAUGCUUGUUGUCAUUCUCUGUAUUGCUACAUACUUUAGUUUAGGAACUCGUUGUUUGAAUCUUUUGGGAUUCCAGCAGUUCAUGGGGGAUAGUGAAAUGACCUCUGAUUUGAUUGAUGAAGGAAAAGAGCUAAUCAGAAGAGAGAAAAGAAAACGACAAAGGCAGGAAGAAGGUGAAAACAGAAGAAGGGAAUGGAAGGAGCGAUAUGGAAAUAGAGAUGAUUCCACUAGAAACAGAGUUGUCCACACAGACCAAAAAGAAUCCAACUUCUCAGAGACCAAUAGCAAUAGACCGCUAUCAAAGUAUACCAGAUCAAAUGGUAGGACUGAAAGAGACAGAAUAGAACUCCUCCAGGAUGCAGAACCUUUGGAUUUUAAUGCAGACUCAAUUAAUGAUGACCCUCUUGAAUCAGACUCGGGAAGGUACCAGCCUGGUGGAAGAUACCUGUCAAUGUCUCGAAGCAAAAUAUUUGACGAUGUCUAAACUCCUCAAAGAUAAAGAAAAUUCACUGGAAAUCUAUUUCCUAUUCAUUGCUUGGAAAAUGCUGUACUUAUGAUAUACCACUGAACCAGAAAAGACCAUUUUUGUUUAAAAAAAAGAAUAUGAAGGAACUAUUUUGGAAAUGCACCUGUAUGAUAACUUUACUACUUAUGACAAGAAUAUGCUGCUUCUGUUGUAGGUAUUGUUGUGCAUGUGGGCUUUUGUGUCAUGAC